AUGGAAGGGUCAAGUUAUAAUAUUGAGGAUGUGUAUAGUGCAAUUAAGACGAUCAGUAACUAUUUUGAGGGGAGUAAUAAUGGUCAAUUAACAGUUAGUAAAAAAUACGAAAAUUUAAUCAACAAUUAUUGUCAUUACGAGAAUACCUCAGAAGGUAAUUGUAAUAAUGAACAUUUUAAAAUGAUUAGUUCUGGUGUUAUUCAUUUGAUAAAUAAUUUAAAGGGUAAGAAUGUUUUAGAUUAUGAUAAACUUGCCGAAUACGCUAUUUUAUGGUUAUGUUAUAUACUAAAUAUAAAGGAAAAUAAUAAUAUUACCAAUUUAAACAAAUUUUAUACUGAUUAUAUAGAAAAAAAUAAGUGUUAUAAUGAUAAAAUAAAUGAUAGUGAUAGUAUUACUUAUAAGACAAUUAUAAAUAAAAAAAAAGAUUUGAUGGAUAAUAAUGAAAUAUCUAAAUUUAAUGCCCCAUUUAAUACAUUAUAUUAUUUGUAUUAUGUAGCUCGUGAUGGAAAUCCGGAUUGCGAUACAAACUUGGAAUAUGCUAAUAGUUUUGCUAAAGAAUUUGAAAAACUCAAUAAUGAUCCUAAUAAUAAAGAAAACAGUUCAUAUAAUAAAUUGUUAUCUACAUUAUCAAAUGAUUAUAACAAUUUAAUAAAUAAAUAUGGUGAAAAUAAAUGCCCCGAUUUUAAUUCACUUUCAAAAAUAGAACCUAAAAAAAAUCCUGUAGAAGAUUCUGGAACAUAUUCUGGACAAAUAUCGGGGGAGACUUCUGAAGGUGCAUCAAGUCCGUCGAUAACAAGCAAAUUAAUUCCAGGUUUAUCGAUAUUUGCAAUACCGGUUUUCUUGGGAGUUGCUUAUAAAUAUUCAUUAUUUGGAUUUGAUAAGCUAUUUCAAAGACAAUAUAUAAGAAAAAAAUUAAAAAAAGUAAAGAAGAAAAUGAAACUUAAUAUAUGA